GCAACUGCACCAAUUUCUAAUCUGGAAGGGCCCAGAGUUCUUUAAUCCGGUUAAAAUAAUUCACAAUAAUGAAUACUUUAGUACUCCCUCAACUUCUUCAUCCACAUUCAAGCCAGCAAUCCAACGAGGACCGUCGGCGGAUCAUCCCGAGCUCCGCGGAUCGGCGAGUGCAGCGCACGGUUCCAUCCGAGGACGACUAGUGGUGUGGCGGGGGGACGGGACGGACACACGGCAUUUCGGAUUAGGGCGCAUUCGGCAAUGACCGUCGUUGGGUAGAAGUACACGGAGCCGUUAAUACACCAUCGACGCGUCGAGGAUGAGCGCGGCUGCAGCGGCCGCGGGGUCGGCUUCUUGCCGCUUCGCCCACUACUUCGUGGUGUGCGGAGUGGACGCGGCGACGGGCCUGGAGCCGGACGAUGGAGCAGGUGAAACCUUUGAGCAGAGCCCCAUUCGACGAUCCUUCAAGUCAAAGGUCCUGGUGCACUAUCCUGAAAACACAGACAGGAACCCCUUCAAUAAAGAUGCCAUGAACAUGCUCUGUAUGCCAAGAGGUCUGUCCUUCCGCACUCAGGCCGACAGACUUGAUCCCCUGUUCCACUCAUUUACGAUUUCUUCAGAUGAUGGCACACGCUCUUACGGCUUUGUCCACACUUUCUACGAGGAGGUGACCAGUCCUCAGAUCAUCACUGCCAUGCAGACUCUCAAUCAGAUGCACCACGUGGAGCACCAGUCCUCCUCAUCGGCCUCCUCCUCCUCGUCCUCAUCUGCCUCCUCGCCAUCCACCUCCAGCAUGGACUCUCUUGUGAGCAGCUUGGACGAGUCGGACGCUGAAUCCCUGGUUGGGAUUCCCGGCUGCCUCGGCUGUGCGGGCUCCUUCGAUCCAGCGCGUGACACCCUGUACGUGUCCAAAGCCCUCUGCCUCCUGACGCCGCUCCCCUUUCUUCAAGCUUCGCGACAGUUCCUAUCUCAGCUUCACCAGGCUGUGGCGUCACACACAGCUCCACCUCUCCCUCUGGAGAGCUACAUCCACAACAUCCUGUACGAGGUGCCCCUGCCUCCGCCCGGCAGGUCGCUGAGGUUCCACGGCGUGCAUCGCCCCAUCGUGUGCCAGAGGCCCGGUCCAGGAGAGCUUCCACUGGGGGAGUAUCCACUCGGAGAGGCCUUCUCCCUGCUGGGUGUCGACAAUAUGGUGCAGCUACUUACCUGUGCAUUUCUGGAGACUCAAGUCAUUCUUUACUCUCAAGACUACCAGCGUUUGAUGACUGUGGCAGAGGGCGUCACCACCUUGCUAUUCCCCUUCCAGUGGCAACACAUCUACCUGCCCAUCGUCUCUGCCCCGUUACAUCACCUCCUGGACGCCCCCGUGCCAUUCCUGAUUGGCAUCCAGCACAGAGAUGGAGCUCAGCGGUCCUCCCUCCACCUGCCACACGAGGCAAACCUGUGUUUCGUGGAUAUUGACAACCACUGUGUCGAAGCGCCCGAGGACCUGCCCACGUUUCCAGACCAGACCGAGCUAAUCCAGGAACUUAGUGAAGUCCUGCUGCGUUUUGGGCUCCCUCCACAGGGCGGUGUGGUCACAAAGCCCACCACCACCGCCACCUCUACAUCCCCUCGCGUGAGCAGCCUGGUCCUGGAGGAUCUGAUGGAGGACAGAAGGAACGGGAACCUCGGAGGCGAGGAGCUGGCGGUGCUGGAGAGGCUGCAGGCUCUGGCUCGGAGGUGCGGGGGAGGGAAAAGGUCUGAAGGCGAGCAGACGCUUGGACACGUUUUCGAAGAGGAGGAGGAAGAACUGAAGGCUGCGAAGCUGAACAUUCAGCUGAGGGAGGUGUUUGCUGGACGUUUUGCUGCCCUGUUCGGCAGGUACGAGGACUUUGUCAUCCACAGCGCUCUGGAUCUGGACUCUUGGUUGAGCAACCGGGAAGGGACGAUCUGCUUUGACAAGGGUUCCUUCCUCUCCGUUCAACCCACGACCCACAUGCGUUUCAUGUCUCGGUUCCUGGAGACGUCCAUGUUUUCUACUUUUGUCGACGGGAAAGUGAUUUCUCGCUGGGCGGAUAGAGAUCCACUGCAGCUGCUGUUUGACAACCGUCUGGAGAAAGAACGACUCUAUGACACAGACCAGGACUCCCACAGCUGUCACUACAGAAAAUGCACCACGCUCUUUGAGUCAGCCCAAGCAACCGAGCGCAGACUGCUGAAGGCCGACCACACAGCUAUACACCCCCACCUGCUAGACAUGAGGAUUGGCCAGGGUCGUCACCAGCCGGGAUACUUCCCCAAACUACAGGCUGACGUUCUUGCACAGGGACAAAACACCAAUAAGAGGUCCAGUCGUGUGACAGCAUCACGCAGGACUGACCCCAAGAGAUCAACGGCGACUGAUCACUCAGGAGUGGAUAAUGAACAGAGACAGAAGCACACGUUUGCGAGGAAGAACCUCCGUCAGUCUAAGCUACUUGACCCGUCGCCUCGAGCCGUCACUCAGACUCACCGAGAGUUUGUUGACGGGUUGCUGAGCGAGUGUCGUCUGAAGACCAAACGGAUGCUGAUGGAGAGGAUGGGGAAGGAGAGCGUGGAACUUGGUCAGGGAGAAGCCAACAUCACGGGCCUGCAAGAAAACACACUCAUCCACGGUCUGUGUGACCUACUGGAAAGAACCUGGGGCCAUGGUCUGCAGCUGAAACAGGGGAAGUCUGCUCUUUGGUCCCAUCUGCUUCACUACCAGGCAGCCCAGGGGAAGACAGAGGCCCCAGCUGAGUCUCCAGGGUCGGACCAGAGAACGUUUGAUGACGGCGCUCUGCUCCUGAGAGGAUCCUUAAUACAGGAUAUGAGGUUCAUCCAAACCAUGAGUGAGGGUCUGUCUGAGGUGGGCCAGGCCCGGGCAUGGAUCCAUCUGGCUCUGGAGAAGAAAAUGCUUUCCCAGCACCUUAAAGAGCUGCUUACAAACCAGAAUCUGCUCGGGCAGCUGUAUAAGCCUCAUGCUUUCCUGCUCUGUGAGGAAGAAAGGGAGCAGUUUCUAUUCCACCUGCUCUCUCUUAACACGGUGGACUAUCUCUGUUUCACUCGGGUCUUCACCUCCAUCAGUAUUCCAUACCGUGUUGUUAUCAUACCCAUGAAAAAAUUGAGCAUUGCUAUGGCAACAGUUAACCCCUGGGUGUGUGUGUCAGGAGAACUGGGGGAUUCGGGUGUGAGACAGAUCCCGAAGAAUACACAAGAGAUUUUUUUCCAGUGCAAGAACCUGGGCAGGCUUAGCACUCUGCAGCUGGGACAGGAGAACUCUGGUCUGCUGGCCAAGUGUCUGAUCGACUGUGUGAUGGUUUACAAUGAGGUCACUGGACACACCUACAGGUUCCCGUGCGGCCGGUGGCUGGGGAAAGGUGUGGGUGAUGGCAGCUUGGAAAGAGUUCUCAUUGGUCAGCUGGUUGCACCUGGUGGAGAGGAGGAUGCUGGAAGGUGGACAGGGACGCCUCCAGAGCUGGCUUCUCCUUCUCAGAGCGUACGGGCAGUGCUGGGAUCCCUUGGCAGCCGUAGCAGGAUGCACUCUGUUGAAGUACAAGAGAACAUGAGGGAGGCGGCAAAUAACCUUGUGAAGCACUUCCACAAACCUGAACAAGAGAGGGGAAACUUGACAGUCUUGUUAUGCGGUGAAGGAGGGCUGGUGCUGUCCUUGGAGAAUUUCCUCCUCCACGGAUUCAAAUCCAACCGUCUUUUCCAGCGGAACGUGUUUGUUUGGGACUUUGUCGAGAAGGCAGUGGUUUCCAUGGAGACAGCGGAUCAGAUGGAUGACCUGCACGGCUCAACACUGACAAAGGGUACACCUUGUGACUCACUUUGCCGCUACGUCAAGGCCAUCAAUGCAUCGCCACGAAACAUCGGAAAAGAGGGCAAGUUCCAGCUGUUCGUCUGCCUGGGAAUCAGGGACCGGCUCCUCUCGCAGUGGCUCCCCCUGAUGGCAGAGUGUCCUCUGACAGCGCGGACGUACGAGGACGGUGCUCUGCUGCGGGACCGUGCAGCGGUACACUCCCUGUCUCGCAUCCUACAUACACUCAACGAGUUCACCGUCACCCUGGAGACGGCACUGGUUAAAGGGGUUGACCUCUGACCCUGACCGAUAAGAAAAGAGUUUAGCCCUUUUCUUCUGCAACCUACUGCAGAAACGCUGACUGGUUAAAACAUUAAUUCUUUCCAUCUUGCAGGAAAAAAAAGGAAGUACAUUCAGACACUUGAGAAAUGUGACUUUACCCUAAAAAAAGGACGAGUGGACCAGAGGAAGUCAUAGCUCCAAACAUAUUGCCUUGUUCACUUAUGUAAUUGUCUUAGAUAUUUUAUUUGCUUCAAGAAAUGGUCCCAUGUUUGCGAUGCUUUACACUGUGAAAAAAAAUAAUCGGUUUCGUCGAGGAGAAAUAGAGUCAUUCAUCGUCUUACAUCUACAGUAGAUAUUUUCACAGCUCACCCCAUUUACUGUACCUGACUAACUGACAUAACUCUCCUUCUCCUGCUGCAUUGCUUGCACUUGAACUUUAAAGUAAAUACAUGCAUGGCCAAAAUAUGUUCCCUUGUUUGUUUGUAUCAUGUCUUAGCGUGUUGUGACCUGAAACAUCAGGACUCAGGCCUUUAUUAUAUAAACAUGUUUUCUUGACAUCAUUCAUUGAAUAUCUUAGUAAACAUAUAAGAAGAUGAUGUUUCCAGACUAUAAUAUGUUACAAAAUGUUAUAUGCUCUUGUUAUACUGUAACGUCUGGCCUGUUUCUCCUCACAAACUGCAGAGAGUUGUACCCAAGAUAUCCUCUGAUUUUGAAACACUGAAACCAAACUUGUCUCCUCAUUGUGUCCAAAUUGUCGUUGCCACUUUGUCAGAAAGUUUUUUUUUCCCUCUCUCAUUGUAGAUAUUUUUGCUUCAUUAGAUCUUUGAUGGAAUUGUGCCCAUUUGUUAUUAUUGUAUAAUGAAAUAGUUGCAUACUCUAUUCUGUAUAAAGGCAUCUUGUUUGUGUCCGUGUAAAACAACAGAUUCCACUAUGGACAUACUUUACUGAUUACGUGGAUUGAUAUGCUCAUGCUGUUCAUUUCUAAACUGUUCAAUUGUCUUUGCAAAGAAAUGACAAUGAAUAGAGCACAGGUUCUUAGAAAUGCUAGGUAUUAUUUUGAUGUUGCAUUUAACAGUUUAAGAAUUGUGAAAAUGCUAUCUCCUGCACUCUCCUGCAAGCACUAUGUAACCCACGAUGACCAAGCCUUUAUUAUCAUUGAAGUACAGAUUAGAGAAAGCAAUAAUGAAUUGGUAUUUAUGAAAUGUAUUGGCAAAGAUUAAAGUAAAUAUUGACAUAA